CCUCCUCAUGCAGAGAGCAACAGGUCUAAAUCCUGUCUGUAUACCGCUGCUUGUGGAUAACGAAGGCCUGAAACACUGACUCUGAAUCAUUUUAUUUCAUGCUUUGUUCCUUAAUUUCUUUAAAUUUCCUUUAAAACUGGAGCAAUGAUAUUUCGGACAGCAAUAGAGCAUGCUAAGAAGCACCCUGGGCUCAUCCCCCAGUUCUUCUUCAUCUGUUUGGGAAUGGGCGGGGCAUCGAUGUAUCUCAUCCGGUUGGCCAAAGGACCCCACGUCACCUGGGACAAAACCAACAACCCAGAGCCGUGGAAUAAACUUGACCCCACAUAUCAGUACAAGUUUGUGGCCAUCACCACCGACUACAAAAACCUGAAGAAAGACGGACCCGAGUUCUGAAUCUCUCGCUGGCCUCCUGAUCUGUAGGGUCAGAUUCACUCCCCCUUCUCUCCCCUUGAUGUCUUCACUGCAGGAUGAAGGUGAAAUGGAUCCCAGAUCAGGAUCUGUAACCCUUCAGUGCCUCUGUGCCUGUGUGAUGUUUGUAAAGCAGCUGGUGAUCUGGUAAAUGUGACCAGGAUUGUCAGUGAAUGGAUCCUGAAGGCACAAGUUCAAUAUGUAGUAUUUCUACAUAAUGCAGGAGAGAUAUGACACACACAUAUGAACAUACUGUACGCCCCACUGCACCAGACAAGUCGUAUUGCACAGAUAACUGUGAUGUGUAGUAACUUGUACAUGCCACUGUGUUUUAGAAAUGUCAGUCUAUUAUUUUGAAUGUUUCAAUGUUUUCAUCCAUCGGUUUCUAUCACCCCUGUAACGUAUAAAAGUCCAUUAUCAGACUCAUAAAAGCUGCAGUGGAUUAUGCAAAUAAUAAAUAAAGAUUAGCAUGAC